UCACAGGUUUUUGGGGUCGGCGUCCAUGGGGAAUCAGUCAAGGACGCCCACAGAAAAGAUAGCAUUCUGAUAUUCCCCCACAUACAGAGCAUUAAUCUAACACAAUCUCAGGAAGAUGCUUAUAAUAUAACAAUUUUAGGUCUGCUGCUUGACUGCAGUUUACCAAAAAUGUUCUACAAUCAGCCCCAGGGUUGGUGUUUAGUAUCAGAGGAGGGAAGAAUUGCUCUUCAGAUCAGUCUUUCUGAAAGAGGGGAAAGGCCGACCCACCUGGACAAACUCAAGCCAUACGUGCUGGAGAAUAUUGUGGUGCUGCUGGUCCUCCCACCACCAGAAGAUGCUGUCUCAGAUCCCAGAAUAGGAGUGUUCAUGUUGAACUCGGGGGUUAAAAAGCUCUUUGUUAAGGAGAUCCAGCUUUUGUCAAGAACAGACAGCAAUGUUGAACUCACUGAAGUCCUGCUCAAGCCUUCUGCUACUAACUUCACUCAAGUGGCUUCACUCUUCUGUAGACACUCAUUGACGGCUAAAAGUAAAAGGUGUUCAAGUCAGUUCAGCUUACACAUUUUAGCAAACAGAACAGUGAAUUUAUAUCCACUGCUGCAAAGAACACACAGAUGGUCAGUCUCUGAGCUGAGUCCUUUAAUUCAGAUCAGACAGAAGCAGAGGGGCUCAGAGCAUGUGGAGCUCUGGCUGACAAACCCUUUCCCCUUCUCCUUUAGAAUCACUAACAUCUCCCUGUCCCAGCAGAAACUCUUUAAGAGUGUAAAUUUAACAACAUCUGUGGAAGUGAGCUCGGGGAGCUGGAAGCUUCUCUCUCUUCAGCUCCUCGGCAAAUCUUUACCUAUCAACCACAGAACCACAAUUAUCCUGGCAACCAGUGUUGGGCUCCCACUAGAGCUUCACCUGCAAACAUAUUCUUCCUCAAAGCAGGGAGAUGUUAUUUUUGAGUCUUCUGAGGAGUGUGAACGACUCUGUCCUCUCCGUAUGUCUAGGGCAGGACGUGCAGAGUGGCAGCAAUCACUUCUCCCAGAAUCCUCCUCUUCACUCUGGAGAGUGGACAGCAGUCUGGCCUCUGCCCUGUGCAGUCGUUGGCACUGUAGCAAAGAGCUCUCCUGCAGGUGGCCUAGACUUCCUGAAGAUCACUCCUCACCCCUAGACUUUGGUGCCACACCUGUUAAUGAUAGUAAGGUUAAAAAUUUUACUCUGAAAAACCCGACGGGUUCAGUGAUUUCUGUGGAGAUCCGAAUCCUCUCCUCAUACCCAGUUCCACUUGAAGCACUCGACAUGCUUACCAAAUGGUUUAAUAUUAGCCCCCUGUCUGUGAAUAUUACUACAACAGAGUUUCUGCUGUCGGCUGCUAACCAUAAGGAAAGCAAAAGAGGGAGUGUGCUGAGAUUCCUGCUUCAGCCGUGGGAGUCGAGGACAGUGUCUGUGGCGUAUCAACCCACAGAACACAAGCCAGUUACCUCACUGCUCCUGAUCAGGAACAACCUGACUGUGUUUGACAUGGUUCUGGUAAAAGGAUUAGGAGCAAAGGAGAUGUUGAGGGUGGGAGGGAAGCUUCCCGGACCUGCAGCCUCAUUGCGCUUUAAUGUGCCACAGUCCACCCUCAUGGAGUGCAGAGAUGGCUUACGAUCAAGUAAGCCCUUAUUUGCCAUCCAGAAAAGCUUUAAAGUGGAGAAUGCAGGCGAGUUGCCACUGACUGUAGUAUCCAUGAACAUUAAUGGAUAUAAAUGUCAGGGUUACGGUUUUGAAGUGCAGCACUGUGGAUCCUUCAGAGUGGACUACAACUCCUCCUCAGAAAUCACUAUUGCAUUUACUCCAGACUUCACUUCUUCAUGGGUUAUUAGAGACCUGACUCUGGUGACAGAGCGUGGCUCCUUUUUCCACUUCACCCUCAAUGUGACUCUUCCUCACCACAUGCUGCCGCUGUGUGCUCAGGUGGUCCCGGGACCCAGCUGGGAGGAGUCUUUCUGGGUCAUCACACUGGCCUUUACCUGUUUCUCUCUGGCUGGUGUGUGUCUGAUGGCUUUUCAUCAAGCUCAACACAUUCUGAGCGAGUUCUCCAUGCCAAGUCCACGCAGCAAUCACAACUCGGUACCUCGCGAAAAUAGCAGUGUUAACCACAGCUCUUCAAAUGGUGUCAGUCGAGGAAAAGGCAGUUGUAAGAACUACACUGACACAAGCCAUCCGUCUGAUAAAGGCAAAGGCAGAGGAUCUCCAGCUGUAGCCAAUGGAUCAGUUCGGUUGCAGCCUUCAUCCAGGAAGAGCUCUGGAGGUUCUUCUCAGCCUCCAAAGAAGCAGACUAAGGUUUCAUUACUCUACAGCAGAUACAAAAACAGCCCUGCGACUGUGGCUGCUACUGUUUCUGCUACCACUGACUUCUGUUGCUCUCCUACCAAUGAAGAUAAAGAUCACACUUUUGAAUUGGACCCAGAAAUUUGUAAUAACAACAACAACAAUAAUGAUAUAUUAGACGAAGCCCUUCUCCAUGUCGAGAAGAAAGAGCACUUUAGAGAAUCCAAGGAAGAGAAGGUCUUGCCAGCUGUUAUGUUUCCCAUGGAAACACUUCCUGGAUUACCUGAAAACAUCACAGCAAACCGAGUCCCUCAGCCUGCAGGCGACGUGAUGGAAAAUGAGGAAUGUAAAAGAAAAACCAGCGCAGAUAAAAGGGAUCAUCUAGAUGAAGAGAAAACAGAAAGAGGCUGCAGUCAAAAGAAAAGAACAGAGAAAGAUGCAGAACUUGGGGUUUCUGCUUCUAACAACAAAAUAAAGAAAAACGCGGGCAGGAGUCGCAAGAAGGCACCAGAGCUCAUCCCUGGGCUUCCUGAAAACAGUGUUGUCAUGGUGACAGAGAGUGAGAGAGAACCUCCACGUGCUGCUGCUAGAACACGAAAUGCCAAACCGGAACUUCCUAAAACAGGAGCAAACACAGAUAGUCCUCUCAAACACAGCGGCACGUGUUUGGGCAGACCUAGGCGUAAGUGUCCAGAGCGGCGUCUGCAGUGGGAAUCUGGCUCUGACUCCAGCAGUUCAUCAGGCAGUGUGCGAGCCAGCCGAGGGUCCUGGGGCAGCUGGAGCAGUGCUAGCAGCAUAGAGGGAGAAAGAGACCCAAACAGACACCCCUGCAGGAGAGACAACUUCCAGUACAAUCCAUAUCUAAAAGAGCAGGAAUGUUACCCGAACAUGAACUACACCUGCAAAAAUCCAAGCAUGAACAAUCUUUAUGACAGAGAACCAUACCAAAGCUCAGAAAUGGGUCCUGUCCCAGCACUUCCUCACACCUUCGCUGAUGUAGCUGCAGGUGUGGACAAAAACAUUGAUGUAAUUGGCUCCAACAUGAUGGAAGAGACGUGGUCAGUCAACUCAGUUCCUCUGACCAAUGAAUUCAGGUACAACAUGAGUGAAUCUCUCCCAUUUGUCCCUCAGAAUCCCUCAUCCAGAUAUGAUGGCUUCCCUUGGAACAACAUGAGCCGUCAGUGUAGCAGUCAGUAUCCCUACAGUGACCGCAGCAACUACAUGCCAACAGGUAACGGCAAUUACCAAAAUGCAUUCUCAUGCCCUGAAAGCCAAACCAUAAGCCACAGCCAUCAGCCGGUGUGGGGAGAGAAUGGAGCCCAUGACAUCAACUCUACAUGGGACACUGGUAGCUGUGUGGGCAGCAAGCCAUACUUUUCAGGAACCAGAAGUCUGUCCCCCAUGUCCAGUCUAUUCGGUUCAAUCUGGACACCUCAAAGCGAGCCUUACCAGAGUCACUUCCAUCCAGAGCGUUCGGCACCAGUCUCGCCUCACACCCCCCACACACCCAUCUCACCCGUCGCCCCCUUUAGCCGUGAACCCGGCGGCGCCUGUCCCGGGAAGCACUUCUCCAGCUUCAACCCCUUUGGACCACACAUGAAUUUGGACAUAUGGAACUCCUCUUCAAACCGGAGCUCCAAUUCUCAGCUCUCUAAUGAUUCAGGCUACUGCGGGGAAAUGUGAGCUAAUGGUGCUGUUCCAUAACGAUGAGAAGAAGAAAAAAACAAAAAAGAAUGUGCUUUUAUCUCUAAUGGGGAAAAUGUGAAUAUUCUUCUUUCUUUUAUGUUUGUUGUUGUGGUAAGGUUCAGCAUUUUGUUGUAUAUUUUUCUAGAUGUUUUGCAAGUUUGACCAUUGAAAAUUAAAAAAAAAAGUUUUGUACUUGA